CCCCCCAAAAAAAACCCAAAAGGGCCAAAACCCCCCAAAUCCCAAAAGAGAAAUGCCGAGACGACGUCUCAGACUAAGCUGCUCCUCCGACGAAGAAGAUGACAAUCUUCAACAACAACUACAAGAAGAACCUGAAAACGAAAACUCUGAUCCGAAUCCGAAUAUAUAUCUUUCUGAACCCAUCGAAAUCUCCGACGACGACCUCAUUAACGUCCACGAAGACCUCUCCCGGUACUCUCAUCCUCCGGCGGGGACGACUUCCGAACACUCCGCACAACCGCCUCCGGCGACUCCUGCUUCGAGUUCUUCCGGCGCGGGCGAGGGCGAGGGUUGUUCGAUUGGGGAUUUUCUUGGAAGGCUUGGGCUGAGGUUGAAGACAGAGUGGCUGGGUGCUUGUUUGAACGCGCUCCAGACCUCCGUGCCUGGAUUCUCGAGCCUCGACGUCGCGGCGAAGUCCAAGCUUUGCUUCGAGCGGUUUCUUGUUUCGGAUAUGAAUUACUGUGGGGACGGUGUGCUUCCUCAGAAUGUGGAUUUAAUGCACCUCGUCGAUCUGCCGGGGCCAUACGUAUUGCAGGUUGAUGAGAUAGUUAAUAUCAGUUGUCCACUCAGAGGGAGGUAUCAUGAAACACCUCCCGGGACCAAGAGGUGUCUCAAGUUAUCCAUGACGGAUGGUGUUCAACGUGUGUUCGCCAUGGAAUACAGGCCUAUUCAAGCUCUUGAAGUUUUUUCUCCAGCUGGACAGAAGGUUAUCGUCUGUAAUCUACAUGUACGUCAUGGACUUUUAAUGCUUGUCCCUGAGGCUUUUGAAGUUCUAGGGGGAUUGGUUGAGGAGUUAGAAGCAGCACGCAAGCGUCUUGUUGAUGAAGUAAAUAAGCCACCAAGGGGGAAAAGGACAAGGACAGGAUCUGUUCCCACUUUAGCAACUAGAGCAACUCUUGCUGCAUGGCCACCAAAUGGUGUUAAUGCUGCCGGGCAAAACAAUAGUUCCAUGUUACAAGAUGGAACUCCCUUUCCAGCAAAUAACCAAGGUGUUACUGCGAUUCCAUCUUGCACUAAUACCAGCCAAAGGACUACAAGAGAGUCCGCUGCUUCUACCAUAGAAAAUGCUGCUCCUAACACAUCAACUUCUGUUAUUAUGGGAUUUGAGGAGAUGCAUAUAGAUGCUGCUCCUGUUAGCAGGACAAAUACUGUGCCUAACCCAUCCCCCCAUAUCAUUUCGGAGGUCGAGGAUAUUCAUAUGGUUGAUGAGGUAGACCACCCCCUCAUACUAUCUGGAGAACAGGAAAUCCCAUUCACUUACUUAUCUAGUUUGUCAGCCAAGUUGUCAGCAAUGAAGGAGAAAUCACAUUCUGUUCAGGGAAAAAUUAAGUGCUUUUUGACUGGUGUAAAGGGAUUCCAAUAUAAGCAGCGGACAAAGUAUGAGCUUCGGGCAUAUGUUGAUGAUGGUAGCCUUAUUGCUGAGAUUCUUAUUGAUCACAAUGUUGUACAUAAAGGAAUAGGUCAUUCUCCGGAAGAGGUCACUGCCGCUCUUUCUUCUCCAGACAAGAAAAUAGUGAGUGAUAUGAAGGAGACACUCAGGCAGUUCCAGAUCUUCUUGGCAAACUUUGAGGGAACAAUGCUUAUAGAGAUGAAUAAAACCUCUCCCCUCCCAAUUUCUCUUGAGAUGAACCAGGGCUGUCCUGAAUCUGAUGCGUGGUUGCUACUCAGACGACUAAAGUUCCUUUCUGCUCAAACACUGCGACUUUUCCCCUUGGAUCCUAUUGAUGUGUCCCUUAAUUGGCUACGUGGUUUACCACUCUCUGGGAAUAAAUUAGGCUGUCAAGUUGACAAGGGUGGCGAUCAUGUGGUGCGACUUGGGUCAUAAGCUGUGUUUGGCAAGCAUUUUGGAAGGAGAUGAGAAACUUGAAUUGAGGAAGCAAUUUCUACAUCAUGUUGUUCAUAUCUCCGUUUGAGCUGAUAGGACAAACUGACGUCUUAUGGCAAUUUACUCGACAUCAAACUACAUCAUCCUUUAGAUUGCUGGGGGAACUGGAGUGCACCAUUUGGUGUUGGCUGAACUUCAAGAAACAUCAUUGGACUGAUAAAGUCCUCCUAGUUUUAAGGAAAGCCACCAGUCUAUUGGUGUUGAAGUAGAUGAUGUUAAGAGGGACAAAGAAAGGCCAAUCAGUUAUUGAAAAUUACAUAUUGGAGAACGCUCGGAGGAGCUGUAGACUUCUCUUACAUCUACUGAAGUGAAUUGCAACCCAGGAUCAGGAGCUGGCAACCUUCCAUCUGCAGUGUACGUCCCUUCAAUGGUAAAGCAUAAAAAAUGUAGUUUUUAUGUGAUGAAGCUACUACUGUGGACAAUCCGCCAUGAAAUUUUUCUAAUGUGAUAUAUUUAUGGUCU